CUCACUCUUUCAACUAACUCUAACCACAAACCUAUCUAGUGGAGGAGGUUGAUCAGAGAAGAGUCUCAGAUACUUCGUCCUCGGGGCAUUUCCUUCCACUGCUGGAGGUAGCUCUCUGGCUAGAGAGACCAAAAGUAGGAUUCUUUGAAAAUGGAUAUUCCCAUGUGUUCUUCAGAUAAAAACGCCGGCAGGCACUGAAAUAAGGAUUUGACAUUUCUUCCUCUUUCCUAUGCCUUAAGGACAGAAAAUAAAGACAUGAAGAGGAUUCUCAGGGCAGAGCUCGGAAUCACAAUGCACUACUGUCUGGCAACAGAAUAAAUUUACUGAAGUGGUGAUAUAGAACCCACGGAGAAUAAUGCUCUAUUUGGCCUGGAUAUUUAUUUGGCUUGUUGCAAGAGAGAGAAUUAAAGGAUUUAAUAUUUCAGAUUGCUCUACCAAGAAAAUUCUCUGGGCUUAUUCAGCAAGGAGUGAAGAGGAGUUUGUCUUAUUUUGUGAUUUACCAGAGCUACAGAAAUUGCAUUUACACCACAGACACCAAAUUUCACCAACCCAAGGCUCUGAGCACUUGCCCUGCAGUGGCAGUAAGAACCUAUCUGAUGUCCAAUGGUACCUGCAACUUCAAAAUGGAGAACCAUUAGUGAAAGUUACUAAAAACCAUUCUCACAUCAUCCAGGACAAGAACACCCUCCGUUUUCUGACCACAGAGAUGAAUAAUGCUGGGUCAUAUAUUUGUAGACCCAGGAUUAGGAGCCCUCAGGAUGAGGCCUGUUGUGUCAAGACUGUCUUAGACGUUAAGCCCAAGACAAAUGCAUCCUGUACGAGCUCUGUCAGAUUACAUAAGCAGUCCCUUCUUCUUGGUAGCAUUAGCUCUAUUUAUUGCCCCAGUCUUGGCUGCCAAAGUUACUCACGAAGUCCAGAGGUGACCUGGUACCAGAAUGGAAAACUACUUCCUGACGAAAGGAGCAACCGGAUCAUCGUGGAUGAAAUUUAUGACUACCACCAGGGCACUUAUGUGUGUGACUACACUGAGUCGGAUAAUACGAGUUCAUGGACAGUCAGGGCUGUUGUUCAAGUGAGAACCAUUGUGAAAAACACUAAUCUCAAGCCAGAUAUUCUGGAUCCCGCCAAGGACACACUGGAAGUCGAACUUGGAAAGCCUUUAACUCUUAACUGUACGGUGAGAUUUGGCUUCGAAGAGCUCUUUAAACCAGUGAUAAAAUGGUACAUCAAAGAUUCUAAUCAGGAGUGGGAAGUCCCUACACCUGAGGGGAAAAGUGUUAAAUCCACUUUGAAGGAUGAAGUCAUUGAGCGUGUUGUCUUCUUGAAAGAAGUUACUCGGCGUGAUCUUCAUAGGAAGUUUAUUUGCUUUGCCCAGAACUCCAUUGGGAACACAAGCCAGUCCAUCCAACUGAGAGAAAAGAAAGGAGUGGUGCUUGUAUACAUCCUGCUCGGCACCAUCAUGACCCUGGCAGGCUCGCUGAUGGCAGGGGCUCUGCUCUACAUGCACUGGAUUGAAAUAGUGCUGCUGUACCGAACCUACCGGAGCAAGGAUGAGACGCUCGGGGAUAAAAAGGUAUUCGAUGCUUUCAUAUCCUAUGCGAAAUGGAGCUCAUUUGAGAGUGAGGCUGCUUCACCUCUCAGUGAGGAACACUUGGCCCUGAAUCUGUUCCCUGAAGUUUUGGAAAACAAAUACGGAUACAAGCUGUGUUUGCUUGAACGAGAUGUGGCCCCAGGAGGAGUGUAUGCAGAAGACAUCAUGAACAUUAUUAAGAAAAGUAGAAGAGGAAUAUUUAUCUUGAGCCCCAACUAUGUCAAUGGACCCAGUGUCUUUGAGCUACAAGCAGCUGUGAAUAUUGCCUUGGACGAUCAAACACUUAAACUAAUUUUAAUUAAGUUCUGUUCCUUCCAAGAGCCACAGUCUCUGCCUCAUCUUGUGAGAAAAGCUCUCCGGGUUCUGCCCACAGUCACUUGGAGAGGCUUAAAAUCAGUCCCUCCUAAUUCCAGGUUCUGGACUCAAAUGCGCUACCACAUGCCAGUGAAAAACUCUAAAAGAUUCACGUGGAACCAUCUCAGAACUAUACUAAGAAAUGUUUUCACUAGGAAAGACUCAAAAAAGCAGACACCACUGGGAGGAGCUCCCAGCCCAAGGAACGGUGAGAAGGGUCCCGAGCAGCCUUCCCUCUGGCCUCCGGCGGCUGGAGAUGUUGAUGGGAAGGACACAGAGCAGCAGUGGGGCUGAUGUAAAAUGGAAAGUGUUCUGCCAGCCCCAUGCAAACCUGGCAGGCACUGGAAUGACACUGAGGCUGUGGGCAGAGCCUCUGAUCUCCUGGACUGACAGAGGGAGAGGGACUCCUCCGGAUAUUUGCACACAUUCAAGAUGCAAAGCCCCCGAGGUUUUCCUAGUGGCCUGUGCAGUACCAGCACAUACAGCCACUUUUGCUUUGUGACCAUGGACUAUCAUGUCUACUGUGUAUGCACAUAUAAAUUUUAUGUACAU